CUGUUAGCCUCUAUAAUCAUUAAGCAUGUCAACCAGAAGAGCGGCAAGGUAGGACAGCAAAAAACAAGACGUUAAUGGGAUAUAUGCUGAGAGUUGACCUACAUUGUGAAUUCUUUGGUACCUGAACCAACUUCAUUCAAAUAUGCUUCAGAGACGACCUCUUUCCUGAAGCAUUACAGUAACAGGUACUGUAUGCCAAUGGCACACCAUGUAUGGAUUACCAUCAUAAUUGCCGUCUGGUGGGUUUUGAAGUCACAAGGCUUCCAAGAUAUUUCAGACUCUUUUCUGCAGUUACCUAAUUCAGAUGGACAACUGCAAAGACAGAAAAGUGAAGCUUCCUUAAAUUCUAAAGGCUCCUGGAAGUACAUCAUUGAAGCAGAUGUCAUUGGACCUGAUGUUGAAUUCUUAGAGCAAGUAAAGUCAACUGUAAACUUGAUUAGUCUACCACUAUAUACCGACAACAGUGUACAGAUAACAGAUAUUUCCAUUACAACAGUGUGCUACAAUAGUAUAAGUACCCAGUGUAUAUGUGAGCCUGGGUAUGGCUGGGCAUAUAAAAACUGUCUGACAUACAACGCCUGUGAUGCCAUCAUCAAUAACACUUGUGGAUGCAUCCAAGGCAUACCAAGUGGAGAACUCUGCCAGGAUAUCAAUGAAUGUGACACAGAUCCAUGUGGUCAAAAUUCCACAUGCUCCAACACGGUUGGCAGCUACAACUGUUCUUGCUGGAGAGGAUACACCCCGACAAACACAUCUCUGCCCAUUAACACUAGCAAUCCUUGCAUAGAUUUUAACGAAUGUGACACAGAUCCAUGUGGUCAAAAUUCCACAUGCUCCAACACGGUUGGCAGCUACAACUGUUCUUGCUGGAGAGGAUACACCCCGACAAACACAUCUCUGCCCAUUACUUCUACCAACCCAUGCAUAGACAUCAAUGAAUGUGACUCUGAUCCAUGUGGUCAAAAUUCCACCUGCUCCAACACAAUCAGCAGCUACAACUGCUCUUGCUGGAGCGGAUACACUCCGACAAAUACAUCUCUGGCCAUUAGUUCUAGCAAUCCAUGCAUCGAUGUAAAUGAAUGUGACUUUGAUGCAUGUGGUCUAAACUCCACCUGCUCCAACUCGGUUGGCAGCUACAGUUGCGCUUGCUGGAGAGGAUACAGACCAACAAACUCGUCUCUGCCUAUUAGCAGCAGCAACCCCUGCAUAGGUCCUGUUCAACUGUACAAGUACAGGGUUGAGAUUGAGAUGGAAACAGUAGAUGCUGACCAACUGAAGAUGGAGUUGUCUGAACUUGACCUUCCUCUCCCACUCGCAACAACUGAACAAGUUGAGAUCACUGACAUCAAUGUCACAACAGUGUGUUACUCAAACACGAGUGGAUAUCGGUGUGUCUGUGAGGAGCAGUACACCUGGCCCCAUGACAGCUGUAUCACUUAUGGAGCCUGUGAUGAGUUCAGCGAAGGCACCUGUGGAUGUCUUAAUGGUUUACCGAAAAAUGGGCCGUUCUGCCAGAGAGAUGUAAACGAAUGCGACUUUGAUCCAUGUGGUCUGAACUCCACCUGUGCAAACACCAUUGGCAGCUACAACUGUUCUUGCUGGAGAGGAUACACCCCAACAAACACAUCUUUGCCCAUUAACACCAGCAAUCCAUGCAUAGAUAUUAACGAAUGUGACACAGAUCCAUGUGGUCAAAAUUCCACCUGCUCUAAUACCAUUGGCAGCUACAACUGUUCUUGCUGGAGAGGAUACACUUCGACAAAUACAUCUCUGCCCAUUACUUCUACCAACCCAUGCAUAGAUUUUAACGAAUGUGACACAGAUCCAUGUGGUCAAAAUUCCACAUGCUCCAACACGGUUGGCAGCUACAACUGUUCUUGCUGGAGAGGAUACACCCCGACAAACACAUCUCUGCCCAUUACUUCUACCAACCCAUGCAUAGACAUCAAUGAAUGUGACUCUGAUCCAUGUGGUCAAAAUUCCACCUGCUCCAACACAAUCGGCAGCUACAACUGCUCUUGCUGGAGCGGAUACACUCCGACAAAUACAUCUCUGGCCAUUAGUUCUAGCAAUCCAUGCAUCGAUGUAAAUGAAUGUGACUUUGAUGCAUGUGGUCUAAACUCCACCUGCUCCAACUCGGUUGGCAGCUACAGUUGCGCUUGCUGGAGAGGAUACAGACCAGCAAACUCGUCUCUGCCUAUUAGCAGCAGCAACCCCUGCAUAGAUUUUAACGAAUGUGACACAGAUCCAUGUGGUCAAAAUUCCACCUGCUCUAAUGCCAUUGGCAGCUACAACUGUUCUUGCUGGAGAGGAUACACUUCGACAAAUACAUCUCUGCCCAUUACUUCUACCAACCCAUGCAUAGAUUUUAACGAAUGUGACACAGAUCCAUGUGGUCAAAAUUCCACAUGCUCCAACACGGUUGGCAGCUACAACUGUUCUUGCUGGAGAGGAUACACCCCGACAAACACAUCUCUGCCCAUUACUUCUACCAACCCAUGCAUAGACAUCAAUGAAUGUGACUCUGAUCCAUGUAGUCAAAAUUCCACCUGCUCCAACACAAUCGGCAGCUACAACUGCUCUUGCUGGAGGGGAUACACUCCGACAAAUACAUCUCUGGCCAUUAGUUCUAGCAAUCCAUGCAUCGAUUUUAACGAAUGUGACACAGAUCCAUGUGGUCAAAAUUCCACAUGCUCCAACACGGUUAGCAGCUACAACUGUUCUUGCUGGAGAGGAUACACCCCAACAAACACAUCUCUGCCUAUUAGUUCUAACAACCCAUGCAUAGACAUCAAUGAAUGUGACUCUGAUCCAUGUGGUCAAAAUUCCACCUGCUCCAACACAUUUGGCAGCUACAACUGUUCUUGCUGGAGAGGAUACACCCCAACAAACACAUCUUUGCCCAUUAACACUAGCAAUCCAUGCAUAGACAUCAAUGAAUGUGACUCUGAUCCAUGUGGUCAAAAUUCCACCUGCUCCAACACGAUCGGGAGCUACAACUGUUCUUGCUGGAGAGGUUACACCCCGACAAACACAUCUCUGACUAUUAGUAACAUCAAUCCAUGCAUAGAUAUCAAUGAAUGUGACACAGAUCCAUGUGGUCAAAAUUCCACCUGCUCCAAUACCAUUGGCAGCUACAACUGUUCUUGCUGGAGAGGAUACACUCCGACAAAUACAUCUCUGCCCAUUACUUCUACCAACCCUUGCAUAGAUGUAAAUGAAUGUGACUUUGAUGCAUGUGGUCAAAACUCCACCUGCUCCAACAUCAUUGGCAGCUACAACUGCGCUUGCUGGAGAGGAUACGCUCCAACAAACUCGUCUCUGCCUAUUAGCAGCAGCAACCCCUGCAUAGGUCCUGUUCAACUGUACAAGUACAGGGUUGAGAUUGAGAUGGAAACAGUAGAUGCUGACCAACUGAAGAUGGAGUUGUCUGAACUUGACCUUCCUCUCCCACUCGCAACAACUGAACAAGUUGAGAUCACUGACAUCAAUGUCACAACAGUGUGUUACUCAAACACGAGUGGAUAUCGGUGUGUCUGUGAGGAGCAGUAUGCCUGGCCCCAUGACAGCUGUAUCACUUAUGGAGCCUGUGAUGAGUUCAGCGAAGGCACCUGUGGAUGUCUUAAUGGUUUACCGACAAAUGGGCCGUUCUGCCAGAGAGAUGUAAAUGAAUGCGACUUUGAUCCAUGUGGUCUGAACUCCACCUGUGCCAACACCAUUGGCAGCUACAACUGUUCUUGCUGGAGAGGAUACACCCCAACAAACACAUCUUUGCCCAUUAACACCAGCAAUCCAUGCAUAGAUAUAAAUGAAUGUGACUUUGAUGCAUGUGGUCUAAACUCCACCUGCUCCAACUCGGUUGGCAGCUACAACUGCUCUUGCUGGAGAGGAUACGCUCCAACAAACUCGUCUCUGCCUAUUAGCAGCAGCAACCCCUGCAUAGGACCUACAGAAGUGUACACAUAUGAGCUUGAUCUUGUGAUGAGAACAGUAGAUGCUGACCAACUAAAGAUGGAGUUGUCUGAACUUGACCUUCCUCUCCCACUCACAACAACUGAACAAAUUGAUAUCACUAACAUCAAUGUCACAACAGUGUGUUACUCAAACACGAGUGGAUAUCGGUGUGUCUGUGAGGAGCAGUAUGCCUGGCCCCAUGACAGCUGUAUCACUUAUGGAGCCUGUGAUGAGUUCAGCGAAGGCACCUGUGGAUGUCUUCAUGGUUUACCGACAAACGGACCGUUCUGCCAGAGAGAUGUAAAUGAAUGCGACUUUGAUCCAUGUGGUCUGAACUCCACCUGUGCCAACACCAUUGGCAGCUACAACUGUUCUUGCUGGAGAGGAUACACCCCAACAAACACAUCUUUGCCCAUUAACACCAGCAAUCCAUGCAUAGAUAUAAAUGAAUGUGACUUUGAUGCAUGUGGUCUAAACUCCACCUGCUCCAACUCGGUUGGCAGCUACAACUGCUCUUGCUGGAGAGGAUACGCUCCAACAAACUCGUCUCUACCUAUUAGCAGCAGCAACCCCUGCAUAGGACCUACAGAAGUGUACACAUAUGAGCUUGAUCUUGUGAUGAGAACAGUAGAUGCUGACCAACUAAAGAUGGAGUUGUCUGAACUUGACCUUCCUCUCCCACUCACAACAACUGAACAAAUUGAUAUCACUAACAUCAAUGUCACAACAGUGUGUUACUCAAACACGAGUGGAUAUCGGUGUGUCUGUGAGGAGCAGUAUGCCUGGCCCCAUGACAGCUGUAUCACUUAUGGAGCCUGUGAUGAGUUCAGCGAAGGCACCUGUGGAUGUCUUCAUGGUUUACCGACAAACGGACCGUUCUGCCAGAGAGAUGUAAAUGAAUGCGACUUUGAUCCAUGUGGUCUGAACUCCACCUGUGCCAACACCAUUGGCAGCUACAACUGUUCUUGCUGGAGAGGAUACACCCCAACAAACACAUCUUUGCCCAUUAACACCAGCAAUCCAUGCAUAGAUAUAAAUGAAUGUGACUUUGAUGCAUGUGGUCUAAACUCCACCUGCUCCAACUCGGUUGGCAGCUACAACUGCUCUUGCUGGAGAGGAUACGCUCCAACAAACUCGUCUCUACCUAUUAGCAGCAGCAACCCCUGCAUAGGACCUACAGAAGUGUACACAUAUGAGCUUGAUCUUGUGAUGAGAACAGUAGAUGCUGACCAACUAAAGAUGGAGUUGUCUGAACUUGACCUUCCUCUCCCACUCACAACAACUGAACAAAUUGAUAUCACUAACAUCAAUGUCACAACAGUGUGUUACUCAAACACGAGUGGAUAUCGGUGUGUCUGUGAGGAGCAGUAUGCCUGGCCCCAUGACAGCUGUAUCACUUAUGGAGCCUGUGAUGAGUUCAGCGAAGGCACCUGUGGAUGUCUUCAUGGUUUACCGACAAACGGACCGUUCUGCCAGAGAGAUGUAAAUGAAUGCGACUUUGAUCCAUGUGGUCUGAACUCCACCUGUGCCAACACCAUUGGCAGCUACAACUGUUCUUGCUGGAGAGGAUACACCCCAACAAACACAUCUUUGCCCAUUAACACCAGCAAUCCAUGCAUAGAUAUAAAUGAAUGUGACUUUGAUGCAUGUGGUCUAAACUCCACCUGCUCCAACUCGGUUGGCAGCUACAACUGCUCUUGCUGGAGAGGAUACGCUCCAACAAACUCGUCUCUACCUAUUAGCAGCAGCAACCCCUGCAUAGGACCUACAGAAGUGUACACAUAUGAGCUUGAUCUUGUGAUGAGAACAGUAGAUGCUGACCAACUAAAGAUGGAGUUGUCUGAACUUGACCUUCCUCUCCCACUCACAACAACUGAACAAAUUGAUAUCACUAACAUCAAUGUCACAACAGUGUGUUACUCAAACACGAGUGGAUAUCGGUGUGUCUGUGAGGAGCAGUAUGCCUGGCCCCAUGACAGCUGUAUCACUUAUGGAGCCUGUGAUGAGUUCAGCGAAGGCACCUGUGGAUGUCUUCAUGGUUUACCGACAAACGGACCGUUCUGCCAGAGAGAUGUAAAUGAAUGCGACUUUGAUCCAUGUGGUCUGAACUCCACCUGUGCCAACACCAUUGGCAGCUACAACUGUUCUUGCUGGAGAGGAUACACCCCAACAAACACAUCUUUGCCCAUUAACACCAGCAAUCCAUGCAUAGAUAUAAAUGAAUGUGACUUUGAUGCAUGUGGUCUAAACUCCACCUGCUCCAACUCGGUUGGCAGCUACAACUGCUCUUGCUGGAGAGGAUACGCUCCAACAAACUCGUCUCUGCCUAUUAGCAGCAGCAACCCCUGCAUAGGACCUACAGAAGUGUACACAUAUGAGCUUGAUCUUGUGAUGAGAACAGUAGAUGCUGACCAACUAAAGAUGGAGUUGUCUGAACUUGACCUUCCUCUCCCACUCACAACAACUGAACAAAUUGAUAUCACUAACAUCAAUGUCACAACAGUGUGUUACUCAAACACGAGUGGAUAUCGGUGUGUCUGUGAGGAGCAGUAUGCCUGGCCCCAUGACAGCUGUAUCACUUAUGGAGCCUGUGAUGAGUUCAGCGAAGGCACCUGUGGAUGUCUUCAUGGUUUACCGACAAACGGACCGUUCUGCCAGAGAGAUGUAAAUGAAUGCGACUUUGAUCCAUGUGGUCUGAACUCCACCUGUGCCAACACCAUUGGCAGCUACAACUGUUCUUGCUGGAGAGGAUACACCCCAACAAACACAUCUUUGCCCAUUAACACCAGCAAUCCAUGCAUAGACAUCAAUGAAUGUGACUCUGAUCCAUGUGGUCAAAAUUCCACCUGCUCAAACACAAUCGGCAGCUACAACUGCUCUUGCUGGAGCGGAUACACUCCGACAAAUACAUCUCUGGCCAUUAGUUCUAGCAAUCCUUGCAUCGAUAUAAAUGAAUGUGACUUUGAUGCAUGUGGUCCAAACUCCACCUGCUCCAACUCUGUUGGCAGCUACAGUUGCGCUUGCUGGAGAGGAUACAGACCAACAAACUCGUCUCUUCCUAUUAGCAGCAGCAACCCCUGCAUAGAUAUAAAUGAAUGUGACUUUGAUCCAUGUGGUCCAAACUCUACCUGUGCCAACACCAUUGGUAGCUACAACUGCUCUUGCUGGAGAGGAUACACCCCAAUACACACAUCUUUGCCCAUUAACACCAGCAAUCCAUGCAUAGAUAUAAAUGAAUGUGACUUUGAUCCAUGUGGUCCAAACUCUACCUGCUCCAACACAAUUGGCAGCUACAACUGCUCUUGCUCAGGAGGAUACACUCCAACAAACUCAUCUCUGCUCAUUAACACCAGCAAUCCAUGCAUAGACAUUAAUGAAUGUGACUUUGAUCGAUGUGGUCCAAACUCCAACUGCUCCAACAUCAUUGGCAGCUACAACUGCUCUUGCUGGAGAGGAUACGCUCCAACAAACUUGUCUCUGCCUAUUAGCAGCAGCAACCCCUGCAUAGUCAUAACAACCCCUUUUCCAACACCACCACCUACAUCAACAUCACCACAACCAACGACACAAAUAUCAGAAACAACACCAUUAUCUCUGACAACAACAAAAGUAACAGAACCAACACCAACUACCACAACAACACCACCAACAACAACACCACCACCACCACCACCACCACCAACAGUUUCUACCAUCAGGUUCUCUGUGACAUUGAACCAAAACUAUGAUUUUCGCUUAGAUAAUAAAGCAUCUGUGUUAUACAACACAUAUAGAAGUGAUAUUAUAUCUGCAGUAGACAUGAACUUUAGAAGAUUACCAGGAUACGAAGCUGAUUCAGCAGAUGUCACACGUUUCAGUCCAGGCAGUGUGAUUGUAGACCUGUCCCUUAAGUUGACAGAUCCAACCGUCAGUUUUCUGAGUGUAAGCAAUGGCAUAAUAGCGGAACUUAAGGCAAAAAAUUACAAAAUUGCUGAUGACGCCUUUGUUGUAAGUGAGAGAACAAAUUUGAAGGUGGGCAGUGGCCGCCUUUUUCCUCAGCAAAACAUGGAGUUACAAUGCAAUGGAAAUGUAACUGAAUGGAGAUUUAAGGGGCAGACAAUUCCUGACUCGUCAGGCAAAAAUCAACUUAUCAAAAUAGUCUCCCCCUCUGACAAUGGUCGAUAUGAGUGUGUAUCAAGCAAAAACUCUCUGCCGUUUAUUCGGUGGGAAAACAUUGAUGCAAUACAACAAUUACCUAUAAUUGAGACAAGUCGAAAUAAAAGAAUUGUGUGUCAAAAUGAAAAACAGGUGACCCUGCUGUGUUGCUCAAACUCGGGUUAUACCGUUAAGAUGGAGAAGAUGGAUGACAAUGGUUAUCUCAAGGAGCAAGGGAUAUCAGAUUGCACGUAUUUAUACAGUAUACAAAACUGUACAAAUGGUCCAGGAAAAGCUCAACUCAUCUGCAAAGUUGACAACCCAGCCUUGGAUAGCUUUAGUUACAGUUCAAAAACCUUUACCUUAACUUUUCAAGCUGAAGGGUUUGAUUGUGAGGAUGAACAGUUCGGAGGUGGAGACAAUGGUCAACCAGGAGAAGGGAACUGUAAUGUAGAUGAAGUUGGUAAAGUUACAGCUGUAUGCAAUGGGACUACAGGUGAAUGGGAGAACCCAGAAAGGAACUGUGUUUUGGUUGUGAUCAAAGAGCUGGAAAAAGAAUCUCUGACUCUGACAGCAACAACGCUACCUGGUUUUGUGGAACGAUUAAGUAACAUCACAUUUCAAAAUGAAGAUCGGAUAGCCAACUCCACAUCAAAUAUUGAAAGCAUUGUAACAAUCCUGAAUAAUGUUGCAAACAUUACACAGGACUUUACAAUCAAUGAGGAUGUCAUAGGGAAUUUCAUCAACGUCUCAAGCGUCAUUGUGUCCAAUUCCACCUUUAAUACCUGGGGGGAAUUAAAUGAUGUCAACAAAACAACAAGGAAUGUCAGUGCAUCUUUCCUGGGCUCUAUUGAAGUGAUUGUGAGAUCCCUGCAAAGGGACACAUCUUUUGAAACAGGAACAGACAUUAUCCAGCUACGUCAAGCUUUUGUCAACAGCUCAUACAAUGAGACACUAGGCGCAGAUUCAUCUGCUGCAGUCUUCAUCCCAGAGGAGGGGAACUUUGCAAUUACAACCAUCACAUUCUCUACCCUAAAUAAUGUCCUACCAGCCAGGAAUAGUAGUGACAAUGAUAGCAGUUUAUCCAACUCCAUCAAUGCAGCUGUGGUUUUAUUCCAAGUAAAUGACACCAUCACCAAUAUCUCGCUAAGCUUUGACCUCAUAAAUGAAACACUAGAAAAUCCUCAGUGUGUCUUUUGGAACUUUGAGCUUUUUGAUGGAUUUGGUGGAUGGGAUUCAUUUGGAUGUGAGCUCAUAUCGUUCAAGAAUAACACUGUCACUUGUGAAUGCAACCACACAACAUCCUUCUCAAUUCUAAUGUCACCAUCCAUUCCCCCUGGCAUAAGAUUGUUGCUGGAUUUCAUCACAUACAUUGGUGUGGGUAUAUCCCUUGCCAGCUUGAUCAUAUGUCUUAUCAUUGAAGGAUUCAUAUGGAAGAGCAUGACCAGAAAUGACACGUCUUACAUGCGGCAUGUCUGUGUGGUGAAUGUUGCUGUGUCACUUCUGAUUGCUGAUAUCUGGUUCAUUAUAGGAGCAGCUAUAUCAGACUAUCAAUCAGUAGCUGUCGGACCAUGUACAGCAGCAACCUUUUUCAUCCAUUUCUUUUACCUAGCGAUGUUCUUCUGGAUGUUGGUGUCUGCUCUUCUGCUGUUUUAUCGCACUGUCAUGGUUCUCUCACAGAUGAAGAGGUCAACAAUGUUGGCAAUUGCAUUCAGCCUUGGCUAUGGUGCCCCCCUCAUAAUCGCCGUGGUAACUGUAGCAGCAACUGCCGGAGGUGGAGGUUACAUCCGAGAGAACCAAAUCUGCUGGCUCAACUGGAAUGAGACUAAAGCCCUUCUGGCUUUUGUGAUUCCAGCAUUGACCAUUGUGGCCAUAAACCUUCUAGUGAUGAUUGUUGUCCUCUUCAAAAUGUUGAAAAGGGGUGUUGGAGACACAACGCAGAAUAACGACAAACAUGCCCUAGUGGUCAUAGCGAGAUGUGUCGCCAUCUUAACCCCCCUCUUCGGCCUUACCUGGGGAUUUGGCAUAGGCAUCAUGGCUGCGCCUGAAGCUGUAGGACUCCAUGUUGUUUUUGCCGUUUUAAAUUCAUUACAGGGUCUUUUCAUUUUGGUCUUUGGAACACUACUGGAUAGCAAGAUAAAAGAGGCCUUAGUAGGAAGACUAAGAAACCAAAGCUCUGGCUCGGGUGGCACAAGGAGUACAAGUGCUGGGACGUCAUCGAACGUACUCGAUUUCUUCAGAGGGAUUCGAAGAAGAAAUGUGUACAAUGUCUCAGGAGGACCUGUUGUCAACUCAGGAUCUGGGACUUCAAGCAGUUACAGCGCUGUCGACUCCUCUGGGAACACUUAAUAUGAAAACCUUAAAACCAUGGUGUGAACUAUGGGGGAGCCAGGGGGAACUCAGCUCCCUCUUGAUGAGACAAUGGAAAGACAUGGAAAAUUUUGGUUGUCUCUAAAAGUGUUAUUGAUGUGCUGUUUGCCAUGUGUUUCUAGUUUCCUGUAUUGUCAUUAUCAUCAUCAGGGUCAGGCGUAAAAUCAGGGUAUUUUAAAGUACAAUUCAUGCAUUUGGACGAUUUUAUUGUUAGUUGACUUAAAGAUAGGCUAUCCUUAGGAGACGAAACAAGGAGCGAUAAGAAUAGA